GCCGAGCGUCUGAGCCGCCCGGGUCCAGAGCGCAGGCGGCGAGGCCACCGCACCUGCAGCGCGCUCGGGCUGCCGAACCGGCACCUCGCCUCCCGCCGCCCGGUCUCCUUCUCCCCCCGCGCCGGGUCUCCCAUGACGCCCGAGCCCCACGGCCGGCGACAAUGACCACUUCCCUGCAAGAUGGGCAGAGCGCCGCGGGUCGGGCGGCUGCCCGGGACUCGCCGCUGGCCGCCCAGGUGUGCGGCGCUGCCCAGGGGAGGGGCGACGCCCGCGACCUGGCGCCGGCCCCCUGGCUGCACGCGCGGGCGCUCCUGCCCCCUCCGGACGCGACCCGCGGCUGUGCGGCAGACAGGAGAAAAAAGAAAGAUCUUGAUGUUCUGGAAAUGCCGUCUAUUCCAAACCCUUUUCCUGAGCUAUGCUGCUCUCCAUUUACAUCUGUGUUGUCAGCAGGCCUGUUUCCCAAAGCAAAUUCAAGGAAAAAACAGGUAAUUAAAGUAUACAGUGAAGAUGAAACCAGCAGAGCUUUAGAGGUACCCAGUGACAUAACUGCCCGAGAUGUUUGCCAGCUGUUGAUCUUGAAGAAUCAUUACAUUGAUGACCACAGCUGGACCCUUUUUGAGCACCUGCCUCAUGUAGGUCUAGAAAGAACAAUAGAAGACCACGAGCUGGUGAUUGAAGUGCUAUCUAACUGGGGAAUGGAAGAAGAAAAUAAGCUAUACCUUAGAAAAAAUUAUGCCAAAUAUGAAUUCUUUAAAAACCCAAUGUAUUUUUUUCCAGAGCAUAUGGUGUCUUUUGCAACUGAAACCAAUGGUGAAAUAUCCCCUACACAGAUUUUGCAGAUGUUUCUAAGUUCAAGCACAUAUCCUGAAAUCCAUGGCUUCUUACAUUCAAAAGAACAGGGAAAGAAGUCCUGGAAAAAGAUUUACUUCCUUUUAAGAAGAUCCGGUUUAUAUUUUUCUACUAAAGGGACAUCAAAGGAACCACGGCAUUUGCAGUUUUUCAGCGAAUUUGGCAAUAGUGAUAUUUAUGUGUCACUGGCAGGCAAAAAAAAACACGGAGCACCGACGAACUAUGGAUUCUGCUUUAAGCCUAACCAAGCGGGAGGGCCCCGGGACCUGAGAGUGCUCUGCGCGGAAGAAGAGCAGAGCAGGAUGUGCUGGGUGACCGCGCUUAGAUUGCUUAAGUAUGGCAUGCAGCUAUACCAGAAUUACAUGCAUCCAUAUCAAGGCAGAAGUGGCUACAGUUCUCAGAGUAUAUCUCCCAUGUUUCAGGUCCUUGAAAAACAUACCGCUCUCCAGGAAACCCAAAAGAUGCAAGCCAAAAUAUUGGUUGUGCAUUACAUUAAGACUAGCACCGCUUCACAAGUUUAUCCUAAAUGGCACUUGGAUAUUUAUACACAGAUACAUCUUUCCCCGUCUUUGGGACCUAAUUUUAAUUUCCUGUGCAUUAACAAGAAAUUUAUUUUUGAACUUAAAGUUUAUGUUCUGCUGUUUUUGCUUGUGCUCUUUACUAUUGAGUAUAUUGGAAAUUUGGACAUAUGAGCUUGUAUGACAAAUUGGCUAACAUGCUGCAUUUACACUUAGGUUAAAACAUGCUUUUCAUGGCUGUGACCAAGGGAGGUGCAUUUUUGCACGUGGUAACAUAGCAGAUAAAACGCUUAGUUCUAGGAAUGAGGCAUGAAAUAAUGUCAAUUAUGUAUCCUGAUAGACUAAUAUGGAAAAAGAAUUCCAAUUCUGUAGUUAUGGUGCUUUAAGUUAAGGAAGAGUAACUUUUCAUUUUUAUAUCGAUUACUUUUUAGCUCCAAAAUAAGAAAGUAAGGAAUGUAAUGAAUUUUUAUAAAAGCAGUAGCUUUAAGGUGAGAAUUUUUAUAAUUUGUCAGCUUACCCUAAUCUUUUAAUUCAUGUAUAUAUGAAUAAUGAAUUUUAUUAUCUUAAUCCUUUUCUAAAUCCUUCUAAAUUUCUUUCAGAGUCUAAAGUUAUUAGGAUGAGCAUGUUAAUAGCAGCCAUGAUUUGGAGGCAAUUAUUAUUUAGUAUCCUCUUAAUCACAGGGAAAAAAUGCUAUAAAAUAAGUCCUUUCCAGUCUCAUCAUUGUCAUUAAUAUACAAGUAUAGUAUUAUUCUUGCUUCUUUCCACUGAAACUGAUCCUACUGUUGAUCAUUAUAUCUAUGACAGUUCAGUUAAUGUAGCUUUAUUUUUUUGGCACCUUGUAUAAGAAAAGACACUCCUUGAGUCUUGAAUUUGGCUGUAAACAGGGGUUCAAGGACAAGAGGUUUAAACCUCUGUGAUGAGGACAAGGAUCUAGUCCUGUAUGGCAGUUGACAUGAUCAGACAAAAUGGCAUCUCAGCUCUUCUUAAUUUUCACGAAGGAAACCUAGAAGACUGGGGAGGCAUUUUUGUUUACUUUGAUAUCUAUACAGAAUCCCAGGAUAAUUUCUAGAUGAGAAAAUCAGUGACCUCACCUGCCUCCGUGGGUUUUCAUCAAGGUACCAUGUUCAAGGAGCAACAGGAAAAGCUUCCUAAUUUUGUUAUAGUUUUAAGGGACAAUAUUUUCUUCUCCAGGGAUUCAUUUUGAGAAGGGAAAUGAGAAAAAAAAUGAUCAUACCAUAAUGAACAUCUUAACUAUAUAUAGCACACAGUAGCUACCCCAUCAACCUUUGAAAGGAGAAUCAUCAGCAGAUAUUUCAAGAAGCAGAUAUUUGGUCUUUUUUUAGGACAAAAAAAGGAAUUCGUUUAAAGGAACAUCUGUUCAUUAGACCCUGGCCAGAAUGAGGGGAUGGGAGAAGCAAAUCAACUGAAGUUCUUAUUUAUUGUUUCUCAUAUUUGACCUUGAGCUAGACAUUCCAAAUUGCCAUUUUCUCCCCUGUACCUCCCAUCCCGUGGUACAGAAAAGAACCUUAGAGAGGGCCUGUCACUAUUUUCACCAAGAGUGUGACUUUGGUUGAGUCACUGCUGUCCUGAAGUAUAAAAUAAGGGAGGGUGGUUGUGUGAUCUGUGGAAAUGAUUACCCCUCUGAUGUCCCGUGGCUCUGUACGAUACUGAUGAGGGGAUGGCCUGCACUGCAUGUUAAUGCGAAAGUCAGUUGCUCAGUCGUGUCUGACUCUUUGCGACCCUGUGGACUGUAACCCGCCAGGCUUCUCUGUCCAUGGAAUUC